GAGUAAAGCGAAAAGUUAAGGCACCGGAGUGUACUCGCCGCUCUUUGAGUUUUCCUUCCUCAAGUGCAAGAAAGCGAAAGUCGAAGAAGCGCAUUCGCAGACGUCCCGGUGUAAAGUUUUUUUUCCCCUCCCCGCUCUUUGUUCUCGUAUAGGAAAGGGUUUAGCGUCUCCUCAGGUUGCCGACACUUCCGCUGCAGUGAGAGUGGAGAUAGUAAAAAGGCAGAAGAAGAAAAGAGAGGGUAACGGAGAACGGGAGUGUAUAUAUAGAUAUAUUUAGAUAUAUAGAUAUAUGUAGAUAUACAAUCUCGUUUUCCGCUCCGCUUUCUUAAGCUUUUUCUUUUUCUUUUUACUACUGCUGGUGUCGCUGUUUCGUAUCCACAGGCGCCUUGUCUGCGCCAAUUCUCGGCGCAACCUGGUCUCUGCACACACACACACCAGCUGCAGGGUCCACUAUCCAAAAGAUCUCAGCCACUGCUGCUGGUUGGGAGAUCUGACCAUUAAGAAAAGGGGGCCUGUGAAGGGUCCUUCUCUCUAUUUGUCCUUUCCCCCCCCCCCCCUGCGGUUUGCCAUGGAGCUCAGCGUUACCACCAUCUCGUCCGUCUCGGGCUUACAGGAAACCGUUUACGAGGUGGUCAAGGCCACCGCGGAGAACGUGCGGAAAUUUGAGAAGCACACACGGCGUCUCUUCAACGCCGACUUCGAAAGCAGCUUUCGGGCGUGUGGGGGGCCCUAUCAUCGUCCGGUGCUGCGGUCGCCUUCUCCGUCCGAUGAUGACGACGAAGAGGAAGCUGAGGAAGGAGACGGAGCGGCGGCGAGGGGGCAAUCCGAAGCGGCGACGCUGCGCAGUGCGUACGGCGCCAUUCUGCAGCUCAUGUGCGCGACGGUGGAGGCGCAGGCGGAGUUGGCGCGGCGACUGCAGGCCACCGCCCUCUCACCGAUGACGUUGAAGGUGGUGGCCGACGCGCGCGAGUCGCGGCUGACGGCGCUGGAGGACUGCCAUGCGUACGUGUACGGUGAGGAUGCCGCCACCUCCACCGUCGACCCGCUCGCCAAGCCGGCUAGCGCGGAGGUGUUGACGUGGAUGCAGGUUGCCAGCGAGGUGGAGCGACGCGCGCGGGCGCAGCUCUCGUGGGUCAAGCUGAAGAAGGUUGGCGAGGACGCCGUGCAGAGCGCGUCAUCACCGCCACCGCCGCAGCAGUCGCAACGGUCACCGGUGCAGGCAUCGCCGGUCGUGGCCGUUGCGGAGGCGCCGACGGGCCGCACGAGGGAAGCGCCGCUGCCGGUAGCAUCUGCCAAGACAGCUUCUUCGGUGUCCACCAUACCAACAUCCGUCUUUCAACACGACGGCAGCGACUCCGAUGACGAUGACCACCAUCAGCGCGAAUUCCGCAAAGACUGGAUGGACGCCACAGUCCUCCUCAACGAAUUGGUGGACACCCUCGCCGCGGAGGAUGAAGUCCACUUCGACCUGCUGUCACCUGGAGUGCCGAUGGUUGCGACCUUGCCAGAGCAAGCAGUGAACGAUCCACUCUGUGACCCGGCGACGGCGAUGGGUCGCCGCAACGCCCGCGCUCAAAAGCUGCUGAAAGGCAUUCUCAGACCGACAGACGAGGAGAUGUCGGCGGCGCGCCGCAAACUCCUCGCCAAGUGUCCCACACUGCGCGAGCUCAUGUCCGUUUUCGGCAAGAUGGACUACAACAUAGUCACCUAUCAAGUCCGCUCGUCGUCCCAGCAGAUCGGCGAGAGCGGCCCGCUGCUGUGGACGGCCGCGCUCGACAUUUGUGUAUCGGAGAUGUACACGGAGGAGCAGAACUUGUGGAGGAAGUGGAUGGAGGAACGUAACGCGACGGAGCCGCCAGAGUCGAGUGCGCAGGAGCGCUGCACGUGGAUGGAGCUGAUCCAGUCCGAGCCGUGCAUCCGCGGUUCACAGGCGAAGAUGCGCAUUGUGUCUCUCGCCGCCAAACUGUUGUUCCCACGUGAGUUUGACGUGUACCGCGGCCUUGGCCGAGACGACGCCUUCAGCCCGGAUGACUCCCCCGAGUGGAAAGAUGUGAUGGACCGCAGGGCUGGCUCGGAGGCGCCGUUCGGCCGCACCGUCACCUUCCAGUUCAACCGCAGCUCCUUCCUCGCACAGGCCUUGCAGCAGAUGCAGCAGCAGCGGCCCGAUGUCGGCACCCUGACCAUCGACAUUGCAGAAGGGAAGGAGCAGCGGCAACGGCAGUACAAUGGACCGAGUCCAAUCGACAGCUACACAGUGCAUAUUAACAGCGGCGACGGAACGGUGUUGGUGCGGCAGUCCAGCAAGCAGUACAACGAGGUGUACGACCGGGAGACCCCAGCGCACAUGGCGGUCGGGGAUGUCGGCUCUCUCGUGUCGCCGAUGCAGGCCGCACUGGUGCCGACGGUCUUCGAUGCCCUGUACAACGUCGCGGAGAAGUUGGGGGUGCUGGAGAGGUACCUCUUGCUGAAGAAGUCGUUUGAUCGGCUGCGGCUGCCGGUGUCGAACGAGCCACGCGAGUACGUGCUGAACUACCUCGUCCUGGUAUUCGGCAUGUGCCGCCUGCCAACUGGGGUGAUGAAGGAUAUGGUGGAGAUGUGCGAGCAGGCAGUGGCGGGCGGCUGGAGCACCACCGUCCGCGUCGGUUACCCGCGCGCACCGCUGCACAACACGUCCGACCUCCGGUACAUCAACCUCGAAUACAGGGUCGCGAACACGAAGAAGGCGGCGCGCAACGAAGCCCUGUUGUACACCGGCAAGACCAACUUCACGCCCGAGCUGCUGCGCAUGGUGGAUUACGGCACGAUACAGCAGAAGGGACACGCGGAGCACAUUUUGAUGGUCGGCACACCCGGCGUUAUUCCGAUGCAGCACACGCUGCAGGCGGAGUUGGCAAAGCUGGGUGCGUUGGACGUGGACGGACCGCUGGCCAGCCGCGCGCCAGGCGGGGCGGUGAUACAAAAGCUGUCCAAGCCAGGUGUCACUGCCCUGUCCCGGUGCGAUCGGCUCAUCGCCAACGUGAUCCAGCGCCACUUCCCCAACUGCGUUCAGGAGAUGAAGGUGUCGCUCACGCAGAGCUACCCCGCGCUGAUCUACACCUUGACGGUUUUUGCGGACGUGAUGGACAUCUUCUUCGCCACCCUGCCGCGGACUGAAUUGGAGUUUGGGCGAUACACCUUUCCAAGCCAGGACAUGACGCAUGGUAUGCCGCCAGCCAGCCCGGAGGAGUCGGGCGACGGUGCCGGGUUUGUUCGAGUUGUCGGCCGGAGCCCGAUCCAGGCCCUUCUCACGGCGACGCGAGUGCUGCGGGAGCGACUCGAUGGCGUGCCGGAGAAUGGGCGAACGCGCGUAAAGGUCAUACGGCAAAGCCCUGAAGUGUCGGAACCGGCCGACACUACCACCGCUGCCACAUCAGGUGUUGAGGCGAAACGGGUCACAACGCCUCCUAAAACGCUACAUCGUCUCCUCGCCAAACCCAUUCGAGGGCGUGGAGAUGUGUACGUGGAGACAGAGUAG